GGCGAAAAAAGAAAUGUGAAGUCAUUGGAGAACUGAUGAUUGUAGUUGUGGGCAAACUCACGAAGUACGAAGUAAUGCUAUCUGCACAAUGGGAACUGGAUCAAACGUUUUACCCUUUGUCCUUGCAUUAUAUAUUGGCCUUGAAAUUGGUUGUGUUAACGCUUCCAGAUUCAAGUUUACCAACUUUGUUUGUGAUACUGUGGAUACAAAUUGGAUUUUGGUGCACAAAUGUCGCUUAAAGGCGAUUCGAAGGGAUAGAACAACCCUUAGUUUCAAUGGAACUGUCCAAAAAGAAUUUUCUAACCUUCGAGUUCAUGCUCAAAUUUUUAAGCGGGGCAAUGGCUUUAUGCCCUGGCUCUACAACAUCACCUUUGAUGGGUGUCGAUUCCUGCGAAAGUUAUAUGAAGCGCCGGUAACUUUUAACCUUUUUAAAAAAUAUUCCAAUUUUAAUUUCACAUGUCCCUAUAUGGGUCCGGUAUACGUAACUGGUUUUCAUCUCAUAGGAGAGCAGAUUCCAGUGCCGCUUCCCUCUGGAGAGUAUUUAAUAUUAAUUAAGUGGUACAUAGGAAAAGUAAUUAUAAUUUCUACUUCAAUAUAUUUUUCGUUUGAAGAGAAUUUAUCUUAA